AUUAUUUAGAUUGGACAGAGUAUGCACAUUUCUCGAUGACUUUCAUUAGAUUUCGACUUUAAACUUAAUUCAUGCAGUGAAAAUGGAUAGAAACUCUCAAAGAAGUUAUCUAGAAGCUGCCCUGAGAGGCCAGAGGAUGCAACGCAUUACUCUUCGUGCACCAGCACCCUUCACACCCAGAGCUUCGCCUUCGGACAAAUCCGUUCCUCAUUGUACUGUUUCUCUGGACAUCAAUAUUGAUGAGCUUUACAGGUGUUUUGGACGGUUUGGCUACAUAGUAGACAUGCAUUUCAACGGUAGAACUCUCCAACAAGCCAGGGAAGUCAAUGUGUUCUAUGAGGAUCCCACUUCAGAACAGAGGCUUCUUCAAGCUUCACCAGUUGUAAUCCGUGGAAGGCCCAUUGUUAUUGAGCUUAAGAAAUCGUUCCCAUAUUAUUAGGAGGGGCAAAGACGAAGAUUUUAGUAUGUUUGAUUUGAGUCUCUUUUGUCGGAGACUAGAUCACCAUUUUGGUUGUUGAAUUUUUAGUUUUUGACUGUAAUUGUCCUCAAACUUCAAAAAAUGUUAAAAUGAUCC